AAAUUAUCUGCAAACAUAAUUUACUGGGGUGACUGUAAAAGAAUACUUAAGAAACCUAGGAGCCCUUAUUCUAAAGUAUUGUCAGCAAUAACGACAACAACAACAAUUUAUUCGUACUGAAUUAUUUCUCUUUGCAGUAAAACACUGCACACCCUCAGAUGAAGAAUUAGAAAAAUUGGGUGUUAAAAUUGCAGAAAAUUGGAUAAAGCUAGGACGUCGCCUUGGGGUCAGUGAUCCACAGAUUCAAGAAAUAAAUAAAGCUCACUACCAAUUGCCUGAAAAGGGAUACCACAUGUUAAAGCAUUGGAAACAAGAAAAGGGUUCUGCCGCGACCUACAAGGCUUUGUGUGAUGCAUUACAACAUGAACUUGUACAGCGGCAAGACUUGGCAGAGACGUUUUGUUACAUAAAGGUAAAACACGGCACACCGACAGACGAUGAAUUAGAAAAAGUGGGUGUUAAAAUUGCAGAAAAUUGGAUAAAGCUUGGACGUCGCCUUAGGGUCAUUGAUCCACAGAUCCAAGAAAUAAAUAAAGCUCACUACCAAUUGCCUGAAAAGGGAUACCACAUGUUAAAGCAUUGGAAACAAGAAAAGGGUUCUGCCGCGACCUACAAGGCUUUGUGUGAUGCAUUGCAACAUGAACUAGUACAGCGGCAAGACUUGGCAGAGAAGUUUUGUUACAUAAAGGGUAAUUAUUUUCUACAAUAUUAAGUCUAAUGGUCUUACGUGAGCUCAGGACUCUGGAUUGAGAAGUCUGGGUUUAGCCCUUGCUGGGGAUAAUAGUUAAUAUAAAACACAAUUUAUCUCUCUUCGCCCGUGCAGGUGUAAGAAACAGGGCAAGAUACUAGUCAACAAAUUAUGAGAAUUUGUCUAUUUAAUAAAAAUGCACCAGUUCAAGUCAAUGAGUCACUCACUUAAAGGCCUAAGACCUUGGAUUGUAGAACUAAUCUGAACGUAAGACCCCUCUCCCAAUUGCCAAAACUAAGACCGUAAGACCCUCUUCCAUUCUGGCUCAAAACUGAGAGCUAACUACUUUCCUCGAAGGUGGCUCAAAACAGUUCCCAGCAGUUAGAUUUUGAUGGGCCGUUAUAACCACUAUUUAUCCCUUGAUGCUACAAUCGUGGUAUCAAAAAACUGCCCAACCAUUGGCGAACGCGUUGUUAUCAUUUUCGUCACACAAUAGGUUACCAUAACAAAACGUUGAAUCAACAACUGGGUGGGUGACGUAAUGCAUCUGGUCCCUGUUCGAUGAACCAUGUUGAGUGGGUGUUUUGAUAUUUCCUGUUCGUUCAAGCUACAUCGUCGUGUUAUUUUAUGCAGUCUGUAGUCCGCGUGAAUUUUAAUGGUUUCUGCGUGCGAAAUGGAACAGAACAAAUGUAUAUGGGUGACUUGCUGUGGUGAUCUUCAUUUUACAAACAUUACAACCUUUAAAAUUCAUGUCUGUUGAUUUUUUCCAUUUUUUUUUACUUCUUUUAUCUUUUGGUUGGUGUAUCUGAAGUAUCUCAACAAUGGAAUCUAAAUUAACCCUUUUAUUUUACUCACUCGUUAUUUAAGUCAUUUAAUCCAUAAAAAUUCAGGGCAACGGCAUUUGAAGUUAUAUUAUUGCCCGGGGCUGGACAUUGCUUACCCUUGAACCAUUUGACCCAUUUCAUGAAAGUUAUUAUUGUGACAUUCUUGCGUUGCUUUUUAUUGUUUCGUUCCCAAUGUAAAUCAUGAUAUUCCUACGGGACAAAUAAUUUACGUUUUGUGCAUCGCGUAUGCAUGCAGGAUCUGUUCAGUUCCUGCUUUAUCAUACUGGUGGAAUUUCUGUAAGUCAUAUUUGUUAUGGUUUUCUUUAUUAUUUGCUUGCCCUCCGUCAUCUAUUAUUUCUGUAUUCAUUUUCUAUUUGCUUGUCAUUUUUCGUAGUCAAACCCGUAUUCGUGUAAAGAAAUAAAGUCGUACGAUGUUUGAAGUUUAGUGCCAGUUUGGCUUCCACUUGAUUAAUACUAUGGCGAAACAGCGAUAACAAUUAUUGCAUGUCGUUAUAGCACCUGCUGAUCCAGCGCCAGAAGGAACAGUGACAGGAGAAGUCUCUGGUGCUACUGCAAGAACACGUGACAGCGGAGGUUCCACUGGGGAGAGCAGUGCUCUGAAAAGGAAAAGUUUGGACCCGGAUCCUGAGCGAGGUAUCUUGUCUUGGAAGAUUCACUGUGCUAGUGCCACCAGCAGAAAUUCAGAUCCCCAAGAAGAAAGAGAAAAGGUGAACAGAUACAUGGAACAGAAGAUUGAUGAGGUGAAGGGAGUAUUCGAUCUCUCUUCGUUUACAGGGUUACGUCGUCUGCAUGCGUACCUAGUAGGAGAGCUUCACCUGAUGAAUGUUAACUAUACGACGGGUAGCAUCAAAAUAACCGUCAAGUGCCGUACCCUUAAGAUUCUUGAAGGCCUGUGGGAUGACUAUUGUUCUGGCCACCUAAACGCUGUAGCCGAGGAGUGCCUCAUUACAGAGACGGUUAAGGACGAGCUUAGUAUGGAGACUAUAAAGUUAGCAACCACUCUGCUGGAAGAGGACUACUUGGCAUGCAAAUUGUCUUUAAUGGAAAUCUCAGGUUCCUCUGAAGAAGUGCCACAACUUGCGUUUAAUAUGGCUGACCUACAGCAAACCAAAGAGCACUUUGAACGUGGUCUAGACGUACAGCUGAAAAAGCUUGGGCCCGAGCAUAUUGACGUCGCUACUACGUACAAUAACAUGGGUGCUGUAGAGUGUGACAUAGGCAACCUGCAGCAGGCCAAGGGGUAUUAUGAACGUGCUCUAGGCAUACAGCUGAAAAAGCUUGGGCCCGAGCAUAUUGACGUUACAAGUACCUACUACAACUUGGGUAUUGUACACAAUGGCAUGGGCAACCUGCAGCAGGCCAAGGAAUAUUACGAACGUGCUCUAGACAUUAGACUGAAAAUGCUUGGGCUGGAGCAUGCUUACGUUGCGACUAUUUACAAUAACUUGGGUGUUGUACAGCAUGACAUGGGCAACCUGCAGCAGGCCAAGGAGUGUUAUGAACGUGCUCUAGACAUAGAGCUGAAAAAGCUCGGGCCCGAGCAUGCUUACGUUGCGACUCCGUACCACAACUUGGGUGUAGUACAGCAUAACAUGGGCAACCUGCAGCAGGCCAAGGGGCAUUAUGAACGUGCUCUAGACAUAAGACUGAGAAAGCUUGAGCCCGAGCAUGCUUACGUUGCGACUUCGUACAAUAGCUUGGGUGAUGUGCAGCGUGACAUGGGUAACCUCCAGCAGGCCAAGGAGUAUCAUGAACGUGCUCUAGACAUUAGACUGAGAAAGCUUGGGCCCGACCAUAUUGACGUUGCGACUACGUAUAAUAGCUUGGGUGUAGUACAGGGUGACACUGGCAACCUGCAGCAGGCCAAGGAGAAUUUUGAACGUGCUCUAGACAUUAGACUGAGAAAGCUUGGGUCCGAGCAUAUUGACGUUGCGACUACGUACGGUAACUUGGGUGUAGUACAGCGUGACAUGGGCAACCUGCAGCAGGCCAAGGAGUAUCAUGAACGUGCUCUAGAGAUAAGGCUGAAAAAGCUUGGGCCCGAGCAUAUUGACGUAAAACGUACUGACAACAUCUUGGGUGCUGUACAGAAUGCAUUGGAAGACCUGCAGGUGGCCGAAGAAUAUGAUGAACGUACUUCAGGCAUUAGGCUAAAAAGCUUGCACCCGCGCGUUUUGACAAGAAACGUACUUACUGACAUGCUUCCCUUGGAGGACUUGCAGCAGGCCAAAGAAUAUCAUGAACGCGCUUCAGACAAAAGACUAAAAAAACUUAGUGCUGAAAAUGUGGAUAACAGCUUUAGUCACUCUCAACUUCAUUGUAAACUUGUUUAAUGGUCAGUUAAAUCACUUCUAUGUCUCGAAAAAGUCUUAUCUACUGAUUGUAAAUUCAAGGAAAGAUCCUAAAGUACACCACUGAAUUGACAAGGCUGCUAUGGUAAUACGAUUGACGUCAUUGCUAAGAUUAUCAUGAUUAUCAAAUAUAAUGGUAGAUUAUUGUCUCUAAUAGUGACCGUCACGCUCUAAAAAUUUCCGGCAAUACCGAGUCCAAACAAAUUCGCUAAAAGUAAAUGCCUGCUAAGGUCGCUAAGGUUAUACGAUUGACGUCAUCUGUAAUACCAAAGAUAACGUUAAAUGUUUGUCACGACAACAACAACAACAAUAGUUUAUUUAACAGGGCACCUAAAAUAACUGUAAGAAGUUAAACUACAAUGGGCGACAUAAUUAGUUGACACAUUGUUUUUCAAUAGCAGUACUUUUAGUGCACCAAAUAACACCCCUCUUU